UGGCCCGGAAAAUUGAUGGGCGCGCUGAAAGCAAAGGUCUUCGCAGUGAUGAAAUCCGAACAGCUCUGGCAGUUGAUCGGGGGCUGCCGUGCCAUUUGUGUCAGGCAAAAGUCAGUUUGUUUCCCACAUUUCCCCUACAGCUACACCCGACAAGAUUCUGAAAUGGACACAUCCCGUGAAGGUAUGCAGAACCUAGGCUCCAACAGGUCUUCAAGGGGACCAAGCAUUGGCUCAGUGGAGGAUGGCAGCUCUGGUGGAGAUCUGAGCAGAGUUCCCUCGAAACAUAGCAGGAGUCAGGCGGCCAAAAGCAAGAGCUUACAGGGGUCGGAACUUAAUGUGAUCUCCCAUUUCCUCAAGGAUCGAGAUGCGGCCGCCUGUUCCAACACUACAGAGAGGGCCAGAGAGCCCAGGGAUAAAGUCUCAAAAAGGAGUUUCUUCUGCAAGGCCGAGGCUCAAAGUAAACAUUCCAGGGAAGCCUUUUCUUCUUCAGAAGAAGUGAAUAGGCAGGAGGAUAUCUCCGAGGACAGGCAAUCCGACCCGAUGUCGGAUGAGGCCGAAGUGCUCCAGUGCCGUUCCCAUCCAAGUCAACGAUCCACCGACUGCUCCAAGAGCUUUAGUCAAAUAUACAGUGAAAUCUACGAAGAAUCCAAGGAGCGUGAGAAGAAGGCUGAGCGGGCUUGUCGGAACUACCAUAUAAACAAAUCUAAACUGCACAGAAAUCACGACAGAUCGGAUUCUGGCAGCGCGGUAUGCGAGGGGGAGGAGUACAGCCUGGGCUCCGAGUACUCCAGUUAUUCGGCCAAAAGGUCCCGGGACUAUGAAUCUCAAUCAUUGGAAGAACUUGAUUUUAAGAGCUUUGUGAGGGAUCAACAGCGCAGCAUCGUAGGCUACCAGGACCAUGAAUCCUUGCGCAGUGAAAGGAGCUCUUUUAAGAGACUGAUUGCCAGCGAGGAGGAAGGAUGGGAGGAAUCCAUCCAUGAGGAUAAUGCCAUGGAAAUAGAUGUUCGUUCAAGAGUAACUUCUUCUCGGAGAGUGUCCAGACAUUCAAGAGACUCUAAGAGAUCUAUAAAGGUAACCCAGGGCUCUGAAAACGCAAAGCAAGGCAGAGUUUCGAAGAGAUCUAGUUCUCGCAAGUCCGACCAUAAGUAUAUCGAGAAGUAUCUACAAAGAUCAUCUUCCAGGCAAAAAUUGACUUCAGAGCGCGGAAAAAGUUCUGGUUAUGGCAGAUCUAAGAGAGUAAACUCGGUUAGCUUCCGUCCAGAAGGGUCUGAGGGAAUCGAGUAUGAAGACUACAAAAGUCAACGCUCUGCGACAAGUACCUCUUUACGAUCCGGAGGCGAAAAAGAUUAUCUUCCGAGUGGCAGCACACGCCAUCGUCAUCAUCAUCAGUAUCGUCGCCAGCGAGGUGAGCCGAAGACAUAUCAAGAUCGUGGAAAUAGUCCCAUUAACAUCAAGACAUCGCGACAUUCUUCCGAAGUGCAGGAACCUCAGGAAGACUUUGAAUCCGAGGAAGCGCACGAGAGUUCCAUAGGUAGAUUUAGCAAUUCGGUGGGAGUCCAGUGCCCCAGCGAGGACGAAGAAGAAGCUCCCUAUACUGAGGGACUAGACAGUAAUUUUUCCGAACAGCAAGAAAAUCUAGAGGGAAUGGAAAGUAAUUUUUCCGAACAGCAAGAAAAUCUAGAUGGAAUAGAAAGUAGUUUUUCCCAACAGCAAGGACAUCUAGAGGGAGCGGAAAGUAUUAUUUCCAAACCGCAUGAAAAUCUUGAGGAAAAGUCCACCUGGUGUAGAAAGGAAAAGCAAGAUUCUAUAAUUUCCGAGGUAGUCACGCGAAUGUUUAAUGAAGAGUUAACUCUGCGGAAAUAUAAUUUGUUGGACAUUUUAGCCCAACAUGAAGUAGUUCCAAUGCCCAAUAAAACGGAGGAUUAUACGUUCGCUGGUGAGAAAGAGUUGAAAGAUGACUAUGACGAAAAUAUAAGCGCUUAUGAAGGGGCCUCGCAGAAUCAAGAAAAUUCUGUUUAUUCUGAAAGGGCCUCAAAUAAUCCCAGGUAUUCGGUAUAUUCUGAAAGUGCCUCACAGAAUCCCCCAUAUUCCGAAUAUUCCGAAGGGGCCUCUCUGAAUCCCCCUUAUUCGGAAUAUUCCGAAGAGGCCUCACAAAAUCCCACAAAUUUUGUUUAUUCCGAAUGUGAUCAGAUGGUUACUACUGAAGAAAAUGUGGCAAUUCCACAAUCAGUAGAGAAACCAGAGCCAAAAAAUGCCUUUAAUCUAAGGAUCUACGAUGCUGAUGAAGCUCUGAUGGUAAUGCCUGAGAACUUCGAAGGAGAUGCAAUCAUUUUGGAUGAGGAAGCUGACUUUUUGGACAUAUCGCUCACCGAUGACGAAGAGAAGAUCAAGGCCAAGCUGAUGGCGGCAGCCCUGACCACCAAAAGAACCAGUAGCUCCAGCAGUCCUACCAGCAGUAGUCCCAAGACCAGUGCCAUCUCCAGUCCCAAUUCCAGCCAUCCAAGCAUUUAUAGUUACCGGCCCAGUGUCAUCUUUAGUCGCCGGUCGGAAGUGGAUGAGGAUGAUCCACCUCCACGGCCCGAUGAUCGCAUCGCUCUUCUGGCCGAGCAAACGCUUAGGCACUGCUCCCGGAAUUAUACGAACUGGCUGCCUCUGGAGGUAAGGGCGGUGCCCAAUACACUGUCUUUGGAGGAAUGGGACGACACUACGAUGCGACUUAGCGCUGACCGCCAGUCCCUGUCCGAGGAGUUUCACAAAAAGUUACACCGCCAGCUGAAAGUUGUUGUCGAGAGCUUUCAAUGAAUUGUUUUGGGUGUAUAUAUUUUUUAUUAGCAAUUAUGUGAUAUUGAAUAAACCUCGUAAUUUGUUACGAAACAUGAUUAUUUUA